UGUGUCCGCGAGCACUUCCUUUUGCUUAAACCGUGCACGUGUGAUAGUAUCAACACAUUAGCUCACGAGAUUUCCUCACUAUUGGCUUCGGAAAGUUAUUUGACAGCUCUGUCGCGGGUCUCCAGACCACCCUCCCCUCUCUCCCCCGUGGAUUUAUUCGUAUUGCAGGAAGUCCCCUACAUCCUCUUCUCUUGUGGCGUGUGUGUGCGUGUUUGGGUGUGUGUUUCUGUGUCGGUAUAUUAUGAAGGUUUCAUGGUAAGGAGCCGGGCAUCAUGGGCAUCUACCGGCGUUUGGAGAGCCGGUGCCACAUGAACGCACUGCGCGCUUUUGUGCUUCUGUUGUUGGGAUUGAUAACUGACAGCUCCGGUCAUUGUUCACCCGACGAUUGCAGAAUUGUGGGUAAUCUGAGGUCUCUGAGCAAAACCCCAGCCCCAGAUUGCGGCAGACAACUGAAAAGUACGCUAACCAAACUGGAGCGUUAUCACACCAUGGUACCACAGCUCCUGGACGGAAAAGAGCAGCGACCAAUCAGCUGGGUUCGCUCCGGGAUUCCUCCCGCUUCGCUGCAGAUCCUGAUCCAAACAGAAGGACAGCGGCUGGUUUUGUCUGUUGAGAAGAACCACGGCCUGUUUGCAAGCCAGUACAAAGAGACGCACUACGGGGUAGAUGGGCAAAUCGUUACCACCGCUCACAACUCUACGAUGAAUUGUUAUUACCACGGCGUGGUCCAAGGGCACACACAUUCUGAAGUCAGCCUCAGUACAUGCUCUGGGAUCAGAGGUUUUAUCUUGCUUGAAAAUACAACACUGAUGGUGGAACCAGCUUUUGAACCAGAAAACGACACGCAUGUGAUCUACGAAGGUCAGGAACUACUCUUGCCCGCUGGAACAUGUGGACAUGGACACAACAUAUCUACCGUCAGCCAUACCAGUGUUGGAGGACUGACACGAUCACUCAACACAAGGCGCAAGAGGGAUGUUCAGAAGACCACCAAAUAUGUGGAACUCAUCAUUGUAGCAGACAAUAGAGAGUUCCAGAAACAGGGAAAAGAUGUGGAGAAGGUGAAGCAGAGACUAGCCGAGAUCGCCAAUUACGUCGACAAGGUAUAAAGGUGCCUUAAUAUUCGUGUAGCUCUGGUGGGAUUGGAAGUAUGGAGUGAUGCUGAUAAGUGUGCAGUGACCCAGGAUCCCUUCACCACCCUGCAUGAGUUUCUGGACUGGAGGAAGCUGAAAUUGCUGCCAAAGCGGCCACAUGAUAACGCCCAACUAAUUAGUGGGGUUUACUUCCAGGGCACCACAAUAGGCAUGGCUCCCAUCAUGAGUAUGUGUACAGCCGAGCAGUCAGGAGGCAUCGUCAUGGAUCACUCUGACAAUCCUUUGGGAGCUGCUGUGACUUUGGCUCAUGAGUUAGGCCACAACUUCGGCAUGAACCAUGACACUCCAGAACGGGGGUGUGGCUGUAGGAUGACUGUAGAUCGUGGUGGCUGUAUUAUGACUCCAUCUACAGGGUACCCGUUCCCCACGGUGUUUAGCACCUGUAGUAAAAAGGAUCUGGUGGCAAGUCUGGAGAAGGGAGUGGGGAUGUGUUUGUAUAAUAUGCCUGAAGUGAAAAUGCUCUACGGGGGACAGAAAUGUGGAAAUGGAUACAUAGAAGAAGGAGAGGAGUGUGACUGCGGAGAGCCGGAGGAGUGCAUGAACCCCUGCUGUAACGCCACAACCUGUACUCUCAAAGGAGAUGCUGUUUGUGCUCACGGACAGUGCUGUGAAGACUGCCAGUUAAAACCAGCAGGGACUCCUUGUAGAGAGGCCAGCAACUCCUGUGACUUACCAGAAUUCUGCACGGGUACCAACCCUCACUGCCCUGCUAACGUCUACCUGUAUGACGGGCACGCUUGCCACAGUAUAGAUGGUUACUGUUACAAUGGCAUCUGUCAGACUCAUGAACAACAGUGCAUUACUCUCUGGGGACCAGGAGCGAAACCCGCCCCGGGGAUCUGUUUUGAAAAGGUAAACUCAGCAGGGGACCCCUAUGGGAAUUGUGGGAAAGACUCCAAAGGCUCAUUCGCUAAGUGUGAAGCAAGGGAUGCAAGAUGUGGAAAAAUUCAGUGCCAGGGGGGUGCCACCAGGCCAGUGAUUGGGACCAAUGCUGUUUCCAUAGAGACAAACAUCCCUCUACAGGAGGGUGGGCGUAUUCUGUGCCGCGGAACUCACGUGUAUCUGGGUGAUGAUAUGCCUGAUCCAGGACUGGUGUUGGCUGGGACUAAGUGUGCUGAGGGCAUGAUUUGUUUGAACAGACAGUGUCAGAACGUCAGUGUGUUUGGAGUGCACAAGUGCUCGAGCAAGUGUAACGGAAAAGGGGAAUGCAACAACAAGAAGAACUGCCAUUGUGAAGCUGAUUGGGCACCUCCAUUCUGUGACAGGGUCGGGUUUGGCGGCAGCGUUGACAGUGGACCAAUGAGGCUAGCAGCUGAUGGUAGCGCCGUGGUCGUGGGCGCGCUGGUCACAAUCGUAUGCUUGCUGUCGACGGGGCUGAUCGUGUGCCUGAGGAGGAAGGCUUUGCUUCAGAUGUUCUGCAUCAAUAAAAAGAGUGCGCUUCAUAAGCUCAGAUCAGUUGGGCGGAAGCGAGCACCCAACCCCCCACAAACUCAAUCGGUCUUCAAGUUCUCACCUCAGCACAAGCCCCUCUCAUUACCUCUACACUCCAGGAGUGACAAUUCAUCUCACCCCAGCACCGAACCUCUCCUCCCUCCACACAACUUCCACAGUUUACGUCGGCUACACGAAUUCCCUUCCCGGUGCCAGCCUAUCCAUAUCAGCCACCCCAUGCCCAUCACACUGGGUGUCGGCAUGACAACGGGCCUCCAGUCUCUGCCCGCCGUCCCACCUCACAGGAAUCUGCUCGCAAACUCACAUUCCUCUGGCGGAACGACAGGCAUUCACACACUCCCGCGCCAGCUGCCCUACACAAAUCACCAGGACCCCGAUAAACCCAAUCCCCCACAAAAGCCACUUCCUGCAGACCCCUUGGUCAGAGGUCACGGAGUGAACCGAAGCAUUUCCAGAAUGGGUGUCCCUGGAUCUCUACCCAUCCCAGUUCCAACAGUACCAAGACCACCUCCUUCAUUACCACUGCCGAACAGACCUCUUCCAAGAUUACCACAGCCCUUCUAUGAACACUGACACAUGGACACCCACAACACUGAGGGUGAAUUUCACCAGCAUCUAAACACACUUGUUUGCACUAUUAAAAAACUCUGUUAGACUAUGUUGACCACUCUUGCAGAACUCCACGGAGAGUCUCAUAGAGAAGAGGGCUGACUCGACACCUUGGUGCUGUGCCUCCUUGAAAAAGGUGUUACUUUGUCCUCAGGUACUGCAGAGCUAUUUAAGAUGUAUAUUUAUUGCGAAGACAACAGAUGUACUGUUCUUGACACUUUUUUACUGUAUGAUUAUCGAUGAUUAUUGUGACUUUUUAUUACAAGUUUUGAUUGUUUUUUAAAUGGAAAAGCAGCCGUGUUUUCAUUUAUUUCCAUAGUUUUGUUUUGUUUUGUAUGUGGUAAGAAUGAUGUUAGUGUUUAAAGAUUAAACCAAGACUUGCUUCUAAAUUGACACAGACUGGAGUAUAUGCAACAUACAAUCUGGAUGAUGAAAUUGCCGUAAGAGCUCUGUGAUAGAAUCAGCCACAAAGCGCAUAAAAAGUUUACACGAUUACUUGAAUGAGGCAUGUCAUAAAGGAUAAAGUGAUGAGAGCCAUCAUUGUUCAAUCACUGUUCAGUCAGCUUUGAUGUUGUGCUUCGAUGCUUCUGGGCAUCCACAAACCAACUUUUCACAAGCUACAAUAUCUUGAAAUGGUUGUACAUUUCAUGUGUGCUUUCAUGCUCCUUAAUAGUCUAAGCAAGUAUCACUAUUACACAUCAUUUCAUUACGUGAUUUCGACAAACAAAGAUUUUUCUUAAGAAAAUGUGAUAAAUAUUUGAAAAGCUCAUUUGCAAAAAUCGACAACUCGGUUUAUAGAAAAAGAAUAAAAAUCAUGUUUUUUUUAUUGUGCAUUAUAAGUAAUAUCAAUUAAACGGCAGCUGGGUUGUUUUGAUAAGUUAAUAAUAAUAAUAAUUCUUAUAUGCAAAAUUAAUUAUGUCUAACUUCUAAAUAAUAAAACACAAUAAAAACACGAUUUUUGAAAAUUAUAAAAACUGCGUUAUCUUUUUUUGCAAAUGAACUCUUAAACACAGGGUUGUGGUUUCUUUGUGUUUUUAAGAUGUUCAAAGACCCACAGGUGAUGAGUGAAAUUGUGACACUACAGUCCUUACAGGACAGACCAAUCAGCAUCCAGCAUUCCUCCAAAAUCUUUGAGGUCCAGCACCUGUCACUCA